GUUAUAAAUUAGGCCAAAGAAAAAGAAAAAACAACUUUCUUUCUUCUUCUUCUUCUCCGUCAAGCCCGUGCCUCACUCCUCUCCACUGUGAAUCUUUGUUCCGCCGUCCGCUGCUGGUUCUACCCUUUGCCGCCGCCGCUCACCGUCGUAAGUUUGGGUGAGUUUUUUUUUCCGAUCUUUAUGGUUAUGGUGGGUUUUGAACUACUCAUUAAAGGUUAGGUGCUAUUGGAAUCCUCUUGAUUCAAUUCUGGAUUUUCCAUCAAGUUUGUGAUUUAGUUCAACCCCCAAUUUGGGAAAAUGACACCACGUAGAAGUGCUCGUAGGGGUGAUCAAGGAGGCAGAGGAGUAGGGUGUAAUCAACCUGCUGAACAAGUUGCUAACCCUGUUGCACCCAUUACCCAUGCUGAUCUUACUCAGCUAGAGCAGAGGUUUAAUGACACAGUGACUGAAGUGUUGGCACGACAUCAGCUAGCCCAAGCAGCCCUUGCUCAAGGUCAAACAGCACAACAAGACCUACCAGAUCAGUUGUCAGUUGAGGCUAAGCAUUUGAGGGAUUUCAGAAUAUAUGAUCCACAAACUUUUAAUGGAUCGCUGGAGGAUCCCAUUAGCACGAAGUUAUGGUUAUCUUCUGUGGAGACCAUCUUCCGUUUCAUGAGAUGUCCUGACGACCAGAAGGUCCAGUGUGCCGUGUUCCUACUGAGGGAGAGAGCUGCCAUUUGGUGGCAGUCAGUAGAAAGGAUGCUUGGUGGUAAUGUUAACCAGAUUACGUGGGACCAGUUCAAGGAGAGUUUUUAUGCUAAGUUUUUACCUUCUAGCCUCAGGGAUGCCAAACGUCAAGAGUUCAUAAACCUGAAGCAAGGUCAAAUGACGGUUGAGGAGUACGACUAUGAGUUUGACAUGCUAUCCCUCUUUGCCCCUGAGUUGGUUGAGACUGAGGCUGCUAGAGCUAAGAUGUUUGUUUGGGGUUUGAGAAAGGAUCUUCAAGGUUUUGUUCGAGCCUUCAAACCAGCCACCCAAACUGAAGCACUAUACUUGGCGCUGGACUUGAGUGUCCAGAAGGACGAUGACCUGUUGAAGGUAUCAAGGAAGGGACCAUUCUUAGGUCAGAAGAGAAGGCUGAGCAGAAGCUUGUUAAUGUUCCACAGAGAAACUUGAGGUAAGGUGGGGCACUUCACCGUUACCAAUAGGAGUUUGCUAAGGCAAGUAGAACUUUGAGAGAUACCUUAUUGCAAUACUCUAGCAAUUUUCUUUCACUCACUCGUAUAUACACUUUCAACCUGCAUUUUUUUUUCUCUUUUCCCCCAAAAAUAUUUUUCUUAAUUCACACAAAAAACCUAGCCUUUAUCUAUUUGGAAAUUUCUUAUUUUCUAAUUAUUUCAUAAAUCUGCCAAAACCACAACUAAUUUCUUGCCUUCUACCUGAACUCUCUUUCACCAUCCACCCGUUUUUCUCCCCUUCACCCCCCAACAAACCUCCACGUUUUUUCUCUUCUCCGUAUUUUCUGGUUUAAGUAAGUUAUUUAUUUCUUAUUAGUUUUGCUUCCUUCUAUAUUAGCACAUUUCAAUCUAAAUGAUAUGUUCACAUCUUCAUAUGCAUAGUAUUAUUUGUCUACUAAUCUUGAACACAUAUUGAAUUCUAUGUACAUAUUAUAUCUUUUUUUGUGAAGUCUCGGGCAUAUUGAACUUGUAUAUGUUAAAUCUUUUAAGUUAUUAUAUAUCUUUUUUUGCAAUA